UAAUUUCAGAAUGUCAUCUCAGUCAUCGCUUUCAGAUUCUGAAGAAGAAGAAUUGUUAUUGCUGGUGUCAGUACUAAAGAGAAAGCGUAGAGUCUGGGUGCAUGAAAUAAAUCAGAAACGACGGAAACUUGGAGAAAAUAAACUGUGCUUAGAACUUCAAUCACAUGAAGAUCGUUUCUAUACCUAUUUCAGAAUGAAGCCAGAAACUUUUGAAUAUUUACACAAUCUUCUUGAACUUCAUAUUAAAAAGAAAAAUACAAACUACAGAGAGGCUAAUCCAACAAAAGAAAGACUGUCACUUUGUUUGUAAGAUAUUCCAUCCCCAGACACUGAAAUGGACCAGAACCUACGACUCAUCGAAGAAUGCCUUUGCACCUGGAUCUUACAAUCGUAUAAUGUGUAUAUGUGUAACGAAAAACAGUUCCGUUACGCGGACGUCUUGAACGCCCUGAAUGUUUUCAUCGAAAAGUUUAAACCAAAGAAACCCAUCAAAGUCGUUCCUGUUUGGUUGAAUGAAUUGAAAGCUCGAUACAACCUGCCCUACGUCGGGAUUAUUGUUAAACCUUCUAUAGUGGCCUUGCAGGGUUUUAAUAAUCGUUUUAUGUCGCAUAUAAACAGACAACACCUCUGUCCCGCUCAAGUGUUUAUAGUUGACGAGGCUGGGCUCUAUUGGAAGAUCAACAAUUCUCCGGGAAAACCAGAAAUGAUCACGUUUCUAACUUGCGCCAACGUCACUGGCACACAUAAAUUGAAACCGUUGGUAAUUGGAAAAGUGAAAAACCCCAAAGAACUCGAAAACACCGAUUUGCCUAUACAUUAUUACAGCCAUAGAUCGGGUUGGAUUACCAGACGCCUGUUCGAGAAAUGGUUUUUUGAAUGUUUCCUCCCUGAAGUCAAGGAGUUCUUGAAGGAACAGGACCUGCCACAGACGGCCCUGCUACUUCUCUUUCCUGCAGCUUGCCAUCCGUCAACCGUGUUUUUGAAUAAGGAAGAUAAUUUCCCAUCUUUAUUGUUGCCAAACAAUUCUCACGAGAGGCUAUCGACACAAAUCGUUUUGAACUCUAUGAAAAAGAAUUACAAGGAUAGUAUUCUGCGCAUGAUAUUACAGCGCGAGUCUUUUGAGGACCUUAGCAAUUUUAAUCUCAAAGAUAUGGCUUCCCUUCUGCUAGACUGUUGGAAAGCGGUUCCAGCAUCUGAUAUAUUAUCGGCAUUUGAUAAUAUAAAUUUAAAUAAUGGAAAACCGAUGGCGUACAAUCCGUCCUACGCACAGGCGUACGGCAUGAUGGGACAAAUUUGUGAAAGGUUCUACGUCAGCGCGGAUUAUAUCACGACCUGGUAUGAAGGAGAGGGCGAGGAACGUAAUGGAUCUCAGUUUUUCUCGGAGGAAGAGAUCGCGGACACUGCUCCGUUACUUUACUUAGAGGAGGGCGAUGUCGGCGCUGUUGAUUCGAAGCCGAAAGUAGAACUGGGCCAAGCGUUAAAAAGUAUUGAGUAUUGCAUACGCUGGGCGGAAGAGGAGAAAUUCUUUUGUUCGGAGAUAGCCCUCUUGCGCCGAAUGAGAGUUGACAUUUUGAAAACCCCAUUCUCGAAUAGUAAAUUGAAACGAAGUAAAACAGCAGAGGCAGAUGAUGAAUCGCUGUCGAAACUAGUUAAUAUUUUGAAAACCCCAGACAGACAGAGUAAAUCGAAACGAAGUAAAACAGAAGAGGCAAUUAUAGUAGAGUCAUUUUAGGCAGUUCAACAAAAUUCAACAACGUAACCUAGUAACGACUGCAUAGAAUAAUAUAUUAUUUUGUUUUGUUAGAACUGUACAUUUGUUUAACUUUUUUCAAUUGCGAUUACCUACAUAUUUAUAAUAAUAUUGACCGAUACAAGUAAUUUUAAGAUUUAAUUUUACCAAUAAACCAUUCUGAACAUAAUAAAAAUUUUCUGAUUUAAACAACUGAUGUCGCUGCAAUGUUGUGACAAUUAAUCUUUAUUUUUUUUUUAAUACCAGAGACGUAUUAAUUGUUCUUUUAAUUAUCUAUAAGUAACACCUAAAUAAACGAUAUUUUUUAAUUAUGUAGAUAUUUGUCUUAUUUCGCUCCAUAAAUGUACGAAAGAAAAUAUAUUACUGGAAUAUGGUCUGAUGAAUAUUAAAAUUGACAUGACAUGAAUCGAUUUAUUCACUUUAAACGAUGUUUCUGCAGGUCACCUUCCUACGAAGAUAAAAUUGAUAGACGUCAAAUGUUGCCUAUUAAAUUCGCUCCACUAUAAGACAUAGGUCCAUACAUUGUUUAAGAUUCGAAGUCGUUGUAUUAAAAGUUUUAAUAAAAAAUAUGAUGUUA